GAGAUGGCUGGCAGUGGAGCUCCUCUAAGGACCAAAAUGGUGAAACUGUAAGGGUGGACAAGACCUCAGAAAAAGAGGACACCACUGAUAACAUCAGAGAGGAAGGAAACGGUGCAGUGUGCUUGGCCUGUGCAUAUGUAACAUUAUACAAGUUAUUUUUUAAUAGACCAGCUCCCAAAAGUUUUCCACAGAUGAAUUAUCUCGCUUUCCUCUUGGCUAUUCUUCAAGUAUACAAAGCCCUAUGUGAAGAGACAUUUUGGGACACAACGGUCAGACUUGCUGAGAGUAUGACUCUAGAAUGUGUGUAUCCCUUCGUGGCGAUCUUAACCCAGGCAGAGUGGUUCAAGAUGGUGGGCAACCAGAAACAGUCCAUGGCCAUAUUCCACCCCACGUAUGGUGUGAUAAUACGGAAAUCCUAUGAAAAUAAGUUUCACUUUGUAAACUCAACAGCGCCUCGAAAAGACAUGACCCUUUCCUUUAAUAAUGCCUCCAAAGCUGAUGUGGGUGUCUAUUCCUGCUUGCUUCAUAUUUUUCCAUAUGGAUCAUGGGAAAAGAUGAUAGAGGUGGUUCAGUCAGAUAGUUUUGAGAUAGCAGAGUCGUUGAAUCAUAGCCACAUGGUCUCAAGGCCUGGAAACAUCACACUCACCUAUGAUCUUCCAGUGGACUGGGCAGUGCAACAAAUCAAGUGGGAGAAGAUCCAGCCGCACCAGAUAGACCUCUUGGUGCGCUGCAAUCUGUCCGAAGGCAUAAGUUACUCCAGAUAUAGAAAACAAAUAUUGACCAACUGCACGCAGGGCAUCAGAAGCAACUUCAUCAUCAUUACCAAUGCCACUGCCUCCGACUCUGGGCUUUAUCGCUGCCAUUUUACAGCCAGAACUGGAGAAAACAAAACUUUCCUGAUGAAUCUGACCAUUACUGAUGGUAAAACUGAUAACCAAUACACCGUUCCCAUGACUAUAGGGAUAGUUUUAUUCUUGUUCGUUAUCCUAAUUGUCAGCAUCACUGUCAUUUCCUACAACAGAAGGAAAAGAAGAGUGAAAAAUAUUCCAGUUAAAAGUUCCUGGGAUACACAGAGUAAGGCAGUCAACAACUACAGGAGUCCCUUCGCGCCCCGUCAACCUGUAGAAGAUGACAAUGAAGAUGUUUAUGUCAACUACCCAACCUUUGCUCGAAGACCCAAACCUAGAAUCUGAGCUUUUCACCUGACCUGAGCAUAUUAAUAUUAUCUACAUGGACCUUAUAUAGUUGCUUCCUACCACCCACUAUCUACCUUGAUACCAGUUGACUGACUUUGUCUAACUUGGAAAAAGUCACUGCUUUACAUUUACAUUCUUAACAGGGGUGUUUCAGAAAACCUGAAUUUAACUUAUAUAUAAAAGAAAAUUGACUCAUAACAGAAUAAUCUAGGCAGACCACGCUUCAGGG